UGCUCCAACCACCACCACAGUUGCUCCAACCACCACCACAGUUGCUCCAACCACCACCACAGUUGCUCCAACGACUACAACUGCUGCUCCAACAACCACAACUGUUGCUCUAACGACCACUACUGUUGCUCCAACGACCACAACUGUUGCACCAACAACCACAACUGUUGCACCAACGACCACCACAGUUGCUCCAACGACCACAACUGUUGCUCCAACAACCACAACUGCUGCUCCAAUGACCACAACAGUUGCCCCAACCACCACAGUUGCUCCAACCACCACCACAGUUGCUCAAACAACCACAACUGUUGCUCCAACAACUACAACUGCUGCUCCAACGACCACAACCGUUGCUCCAACAACCACCACGGCUGCUUCAACCACCACCACAGUUGUUCCAACGACCACAACUGUUGCUCCAACGACCACAACUGUUGCUCCAACAACCACAACUGCUGCUCCAACGACGACAACAGUUGCCCCAACCACCACAGUUGCUCCACCCACCACCACAGUUGCUCCAACCACCACCACAGUUGCUCCAACGACUACAACUGCUGCUCCAACAACCACAACUGUUGCUCUAACGACCACUACUGUUGCUCCAACGACCACAACUGUUGCACCAACAACCACAACUGUUGCACCAACGACCACCACAGUUGCUCCAACGACCACAACUGUUGCUCCAACAACCACAACUGCUGCUCCAACGACUACAACAGUUGCCCCAACCACAACUGUUGCUCCAACGACCACAACUGUUGCUCCAACAACGACAACUGUUGCUCCAACAACCACAACUGCUGCUCCAACAACCACCACAGUUGCUCCAACCACCACCACAGUUGCUCCAACCACCACCACAGUUGCUCCAACCACCACCACAGUUGCUCAAACAACAACAACUGUUGCUCCAACAACUACAACUGUUGCUCCAACGACCACAACAGUUGCCCCAACCACCACAGUUGCUCCAACAACGACCACUGUUGCUCCAACAACCACCACGGUUGCUCCAACCACCACCACAGUUGCUCCAACGACUACAACUGUUGCUCCAACGACCACAACUGUUGCUCUAACGACCACUACUGUUGCUCCAACAACCACAACUGUUGCUCCAACGACCACAACUGUAGCACCAAUGACCACAACAGUUCCUUCAACAACCACAACAGUUGCUCCAACGACCACAACAGUUGCCCCAACCACCACCACAGUUGCUCCAACCACCACGACAGUUGCUCCAACCACCACCACAGUUGCUCAAACUACCACAACUGUUGCUCCAACAACUACAACUGUUGCUCCAACGACCACAACUGUUUCUCCAACAACCACAACUGCUGCUCUAACGACCACAACAGUUGCCCCAACCACCACAGUUGCUCCAACAAUGACCAAUGUUGCUCCAACAACCACCACGGUUGCUCCAACCACCACCACAGUUGCUCCAACGACUACAACUGUUGCUCCAACGACCACAACUGUUGCUCUAACGACCACUACUGUUGCUCCAACGACCACAACUGUUUCUCCAACGACCACAACGGUAGCACCAAUGACCACAACAGUUCCUUCAACAACCACAACUGUUGCUCCAACGACCACAACAGCUGUUGCUCCAACGACCACAACUGUUGCUCAAACAACCACAACUGCUGCUCCAACGACCACAACAACGACCACAACUGUUGCUCCAACAACCACAACUGCUGCUCCAACAACCACAACUGCUGCUCCAACAACCACAACUGCUGCUCCAACAACGACAACAGUUGCCCCAACCACCACAGUUGCUCCAACCACCACCACAGUUGCUCCAACCACCACCACAGUUGCUCCAACCACCACCACAGUUGCUCCAACGACUACAACUGCUGCUCCAACAACCACAACUGUUGCUCUAACGACCACUACUGUUGCUCCAACGACCACAACUGUUGCACCAACAACCACAACUGUUGCACCAACGACCACCACAGUUGCUCCAACGACCACAACUGUUGCUCCAACAACCACAACUGCUGCUCCAACGACUACAACAGUUUCCCCAACCACAACUGUUGCUCCAACGACCACAACUCUUGCUCCAACAACGACAACUGUUGCUCCAACAACCACAACUGCUGCUCCAACAACCACCACAGUUGCUCCAACCACCACCACAGUUGCUCCAACCACCACCACAGUUGCUUCAACCACCACAACUGUAGCACCAAUGACCACAACAGUUCCUUCAACAACCACAACUGUUGCUCCAACGACCACAACAGUUGCCCCAACCACCACAGUUGCUCCAACAACCACCACAGUUGCUUCAACCACCACCACAGUUGCUCCAACCACCACGACAGUUGCUCCAACCACCACCACAGUUGCUCCAACGACCACAACUGUUGCUCCAACAACCACAACUGCUGCUCCAACGACCACAACAGUUGCCCCAACCACCACAGUUGCUCCAACAACGACCACUGUUGCUCCAACAACCACCACGGUUGCUCCAACCACCACCACAGUUGCUCCAACGACUACAACUGUUGCUCCAACGACCACAACUGUUGCUCUAACGUCCACUACUGGUGCUCCAACGACCACAACGGUUGCUCCAACAACCACAACUGCUGCUCCAACGACCACAACAUUGCUCCAACCACCACGACAGUUGCUCCAACAACCGCCACGGUUGCUCCAAGCACCACCACAGUUGCUCCAAUGA